AUGCGUGGAUUUGUGUUACUUAGUUUCGUUGCUGUGGUGGCAGCUGGUAAAUUGGGCUACAAUUACCAGGCAACUGCCGGCGACCGCCGCUUUGCUGGACUCAUCGAUGCGGAAGCUACGGGAUUUAGUUCUACAAACGGGGCACAGCAGCAGCAACAGCAGCAACAGCAGCUCCAACAGGAUAACCAACAGCAACAGAUUCCAGCAGCUGCCGAAGAGUUCAGCAAGGAAUUCUUUACUUAUGCCGCUCCUGAGGAGGACUUUACAGACCACGAUGCCACCGAGCAGAUAGCCACCAUGCUGAAGCGGAAUCUUCGCGUGCUGUUCAUCAAGUCGCCGGAGCACCAAGGCCUCACCAAUGCCGCUCUGCAGCUGGCCAAGCAGGCCAGCGAGCAGCGCACGGCCGUCUAUGUCCUCACCAAGCAGGCGGACAUCGGGGAGCUGGCCCAGCGGCUGCAGAGCGAGAAGCAGAGCCAGAGCAGCAAGCCUGAGGUGCACUUCGUCAAGUAUCGCACACCCGAGGAGGCGGUGCGGGCGCAGCAGCUCAUCCAGCAGCAAUUCGAUGCCCUGGGCGGCUCCUCCCGCAGCUCCGACGAGGGUGUGGCUCCCGUGCUGGACUUUAGCUCGGCCCCCAACGAGCAGGGUCAGAGUCAGGGUGUGAAUCAGGGCGAGGUUGCUCCGCAGUCAAAGUAUUUACCAUCGGCGUCGCUGCGCAGCAGAUAG